CUACACACAUUUAAAUACAGCAACUUCAGUCCAACAUUCUUCACUCUUUUGAAUUUGUGCCUCUGUGGUACAAUUUAACUCUUCGCUCUGUCUGCAUUCGUACCCAAUCAUUGGAUUGCCCUUCCUUUCAUUCAUGUUACAUCCAUCAUCUAUUUGUAAACCUGCUGGCUCAUCCUCAGCUUUAUCAUUCUGGUUCCUAUACCCCCGCCAUAUUAGUUUAAACCACUAGUAAACCUGCCUGCAAGAAUAUUGGUCCCCCUCAGAUUCAAAAGCAACCCAUCCCUUUUGUACAGGUCACACCUGCCCCACAAGAGGUUCCAAUUAUCCAGAAAUCUGAAUCCCUGUCUCCCGCUCCAGCCAUGAAUUUAUCUGCCACCUUAUUCUGUUCCCAUCCUCACUGUCGCGUGGGACAGGCAGCAAUCCCAAGAUUACCACCUUUGAGUUCCUGCUUCUCAGCUUCCUUCCUAAUUCCCUGUAUUCUGUUUUCAGGACCUCCUCUCUUUUUCCACUUAUGUCGUUUGUACCAAUAUGUAUCACAACUUCUGGCUGCUCACCCUCCCUUUUCAGGAUGUUGUGGAAGCAUUCAGCAACAUCAAAGACCCUGGCACUGGGGAGGCAAACUACCAUCCAUGUUUCUUUUUUGCAUCCACAGAAUCUCCUCCCUGUCCCCUUAACUACAGAGUCCCCUAUUACUGCUAACAUCCUCUUCAGUUCCUUUUGAGCCACGGGGCCAGACUCAGUGUCAGAGGCAUGACCACUGUUGCUUCCCCAAGGUUCCCCCCCAACAGUACUCAAAAUGGAGUACUUAUUGUUGAUGGUGACAGCCACAGGGGUGCUCUCCACUAUCUGACAUUCCACUUCCCUCUCCUGACAGUCACCUAUUUAUCUGCCUCCUGUAGCCUUGGGGUAACUUCCUCCCUGUUGCUCCUAUCUAUCACUUCUUCACUUUCCCUAACAAACCAAAGGUCAUUGAACUGUAGCUCUAGUUCCCUAACACAGUCUCUAAGGAGCAGCAUCUCAAUGCUCCUGGUGCAGGUGUUGUCAUGGUCCGGUCUGUGAAAUCCGCAUUCUGGUUCACGGUCUGGUCCAUAGUUCUUAUUUCAGGUUUUCCCGUUUCUCCUUGUUCUGUUGGGUGCUCUAAUUGAGGCACCUGAUUCCCAUUUUGGGCUGGCUACAUAAAUAGCUCCUGGAUUCAGCUUCAUUUGCUGAACUGUUCCUUUGCCUGUAUUGUUUGACUGCUGGAGUUAGACUGGAGCCUUGCUGUGUCUAGAUAAGGAACUGCCUAUUGUUGUUUGGAACUGUCUCUGUGUCCAUGCCUUUGCUAGGUAGGUCUGGCCAUUUGCUGCUACCUUGUGUUGGGAGCUGUCUCUCUGUGUCUGUGUAUGAGUCUGGGCCCUAUGACCUGCUCCCUAGGAGGGGUCCUGACUCUAUGUAGAGCCCUGGCCCCAAGUCCUGUUCCUAAGGAGGGGUCCUGGCUCUGUGUUCCAUGUCCCUGUGCUCCUGUUCUCUCAAGAGUAAGGCUCUGUGUUCAGGUGUCCCAAGAUCGAGUCAAGGCUUUGGUUUCUUGUCCUGUUCAGGAGUUCCAUGUCUAGUCUGGCAGCCAAGCCUCAAAGAACCCAAGCCAUGUCCAGUCCUGUAGCCUCAUCAUGCCCUUGCCUAGUUCUGGGGUCUGAGCCCAAGUCAAGACCCAGGUUCUAGGUCCUUGUCCAGUCUCUGGCUCGGAGUCCAUGCCCAGGCUCCUUGUUCCCAGUUCCUUGUUCUGGUCCUGCUUUCCUAGCCAAAAUCCUAGCCCAAGUCUGUGUUCCUGUCCCAGCUCCUGGUCUGUGUCCUGUCCUGGCCCUAACUCUAGUCCAGUUCCUAGUACUUCAGUGUCUGUCUUGCACUCGGGUCUGUUCUCAGCACUCCUCCCUCGCUCCCCCCCAUGACAGAUGUGGCCAGUGGGGAGGCUGGUAGUCUUCUGGAAAUCCCACAUCUGAUUCUCUCAAUAAGAAAUACAAUAGAAUCAAAGGGCACUCACAAGGCUGACAAUGUGCAAAUUAUAAACAAAUACACAGAGAACAUGAGUCUUUGAAAGUGAGUCCAUUGUAGAAUCAAUUCAGAGUUGAGAUGACUGAAGGUAUUCACUGGGUCAGGAGUAUGAUGGUUAUAGGGCAAUAACUGUUUCUAAACCUGAGGCUCCUGCACCUCCUUCCCGAUGGCAGCAGUGAGAAGAAAACAUGGCCUGGAUGUGGUGCUUGAUGAUGGAUGUUGCUUUCUAAUGAUAGUGCUCCUUGUAGAUGUGCUCAAAUGGGGAGGGUUUUACCUGCCGGGGUCUGGGCUGUAUUCACCACUUGUAGGCCCUGAUGCAACCAGUCAGGAUGUUCUCCACUCUGCAUCUAUAAAAGUCGGUCAAAGUUUUUGAUGCCAUGCCAAAUCUAUGCAAACUUCUGAAAAAGUAGAGAUGCUGUCAUGCCUCCUUUGUGGUCCCAGGGCAGAUCCUCUGUGAUAAUGCCAAGGAAUGUAGUCACCGAAUCUCUCCACCUCCGAUCCCUUUAUUGAGGACUUGACUCAUGGACCCCUAUAGUCAAUAAUUAGCUCUUUGAUUUUGUUGAGGUUGAAAUGAAAUGAAGUGCAGAUCCUGGAGAUCUGAAAAUACAGACGGUUCACUGGCCUAAAACGGUAACUUUCUCUCUCUCUCUCUGCCAGAUGUUGCCUGACAGGCUGAGAAUUCUCAUGCUCAUUUAAUUUCAGCGUGCCAGGACUUGCGUUUUGGAAUCGUCGCCGCCUCUCAAUGAACAUCUUUCUUGCAUUCCAUCUCUGCUCGGGACGGCUGAGGUGAAAUUCGCGGAGAUGGCGUCGCGGUGCGGUGCGGUGGGGAGCAGGUAGGAUUACGGGCGCGCGCACCAAGGCGGGCGCGCCCCCGUCGCGCGGUCACGGGAGCGAGGGAAAUGCGGCUGUGCGGCAUCGUGACUCGGCUUCUGCGGCCGGGGUCAGGGGAGUCUCUCUGAGUCGUUGGCCGGGGGGGGAGACCGGCGACACCGCAGCGCGGCUGAGCUGAGCCGCUCGCUCGCCAUGGUCGGCAGGGCAUGUUUGAGGUGAGGAUGCAACGUUCACAGGUGUAGUGCUGCUGCUAACGGCCUCAAACGACAUGAAAAAUACGGCUGAGAGAUUUGUAAUCGCUCUAGUGAUCUUCGUAUUGACCACUCUCCUGAUCAUCUAUAAUUCCAGCAGCGGCAACAACUCCAUUAAUUAUAAAGGACACUUUGUCCAUGAUGCUUUGACUCAUGCACCAUCAAGUUUAAAGAAAUGGGUUACAAAAGAUGAUUAUCUUCCAGUUUCAGGAAACAAGACAAUGAAGCUCCAUUGUGGGUCGUGUGCACUUGUCACCAGUUCCAGCCACUUGCUUGGCAGUGAGGCUGGGUCAGAAAUUGACGAGACCGAGUGCAUCAUUCGUAUGAAUGAUGCACCUACCUCUGGAUACGAGAAGGAUGUCGGGAGUAAAACAACGCUGCGGGUUGUCGCACACUCCAGUGUUUUCCGGGUGAUGAGGAAACCCCAGGAGUUCCUUAACAGAAGCCAAGAAAUGGUCUUCAUCUUUUGGGGGCCUCCGCAGAAAAUGCAGAACAGAAAAGGCGGCAUCUACAGACUCAUUCACCAAGUCGGCUCGUUGUUCCCAAAUGUCUCCACGUACAUCGUUGCUCCGAAGAGGAUGCAGCAGUUUGAUGAUUUAUUUCAGAGGGAAACUGGGAGAGACAGAAAGAAAUCGCAUUCCUGGCUGAGCACAGGCUGGUUCACCAUGGUGAUUGCUAUUGAGCUCUGCGACAGUGUCCAUGUGUAUGGAAUGGUUCCUCCCAAUCACUGCAGGAAGCCUCAACACAAGCGAAUACCCUAUCAUUAUUAUGAGCCAAAAGGUCCAGAUGAAUGCAUGAUGUUCAUUGGGAAUGAAAAAGCCAAGAGGGGGAAUCACCAUCGCUUCAUCACCGAGAAGGACGUGUUUGCUCAGUGGGCGAAGCUGUAUGACAUCGUCUUCUCACAUCCCAGCUGGUGACCUGUACCUGGUACUCUGUCACACCUGCGUUUCCUGAACUCUGUAUACUUAGCUUAGAAGCACAGUUGCUCUGGGAUCGAUGCAAACUGGAGCCGAUAAACUAUGUUGGCCAUAUUUGGAGGGAAUGGUAGGUCACAGGAUCAUAAGCAUCAUUGUGGAAGGCUUGUAAGGAGAGCUGGCACAGCUAAAGGGGUGAAGUGAUGUUUGACCUGCAGUGCUGUAUGAUCUACUUCUACAGAUCAGUUCGGUAGCAUCAGUCCCUAUCUAGUCUGUAACCCAACCUGCAGAAUGGUGAAUGGACUUUCAGGCAAGACUUGUUUAAUGCUGCUUCAUCCUCCAAUUCUGCAUUCCUAAUAAUGUUUCCUAAGUAAUUGAUUUGUUCUUCAAUGGUGUUGAAGAUUUCAUUGGGAAAAGAUCUCUGUACAAGAGACACUGAGUUGCAUUAUAACAUUUGAAUAUUCUGUGGAUUUUGGCUUUGGAUUGUAGUGAAUUGAGAAAUGACUUUGGAGAUUCUACAGGGAUUCAGGGCUAAGUUAAAUGAUACAACUUUCUCUUUGCUUUAUACUUGUGUUUUAGUUUUCUCUAAUAUUCACAGUGGAAGUGUACUCUCCAUAAGACUAGUGGGAAAAUUAAUUUCAACUGACCAGAUUAAAUCUAAUAAAUAAUACUGAUGGCAUUAUCCAAAUGGAAGCCAGAUGCAAUAUAUCUAAAAAGUAGAUUUUGAUUUCAUUAUUCUGGGUGGUUUUCUGUCACAACUGGACAGCUUACAUUAAGCCAGUCCACUGGGUUCAAAAUGUUGUUAUCUGUGCUGACCUUUCUCAUUCCUACAUAUGUUUUGAUGAGGCCCUUGUGUUGAAAAUAAUGUCCACUUGUUGGUUUUGUAAUAAUAAAGACCAUAAGACAUAGGAGCAGAAUUAGGCCAUUCAGCCCAUCGUCGUCAUGGCUGAUUUAUUUAUUAUUUCUUCCAAACCCAUUCUCCUACCUCAAGGGGUUUUUUAUUUUGGGAUUUGAAUGAGCCCUGAAUUGCUUGGUACACAUUCAAAUGGACAGAGCACAGAUCCUUAAGAAGUAAGAUCAGUCCUUUUAAGUCAGAAAAGGAACCUUAAAGAAUUAAUUUAUUAUCUUCAACAAACCUCAUAGCAUUUAUGUUACUACAUUCCCUUUCGUUUCAAAAAACUUGCCCAAUUUUGAGUAUGGUCGAAGCCCCAUACUGACCUCAUGUUACCUGCUUGAGUUUUAUUAAAUUCUGGCUAUCCUGUGAAAUGUUUCCUUUUUGAUGUAAAUGUUGGUCUUUUUGUUUUUUGCUCUUAUUACUUGGAUAGGUAAUGAUUUUGUUGUCUCAUUGUGGUACCAUUUGUAUUUUGUAUCUAGUUCUCUCCUUUUAUUGAUCUCAGACAAAUUGGAUGAAUGGGCAAAAAAAGUGGCAGAUAGAAUGCAAUGUUGGGAAAUGUAUGAUACUGCAUUUUGGUAAAAGGAACAAUAGUGUGGACUAUUAUCUAAAGGAGGAGAAGGUUCAGACAUCGGGACUUGGGAAUCCUCAUGCAAAACUCCCAGAAGCUUAACGGUAAAGAAGGCAAUGCAAUGUUGGCAUUUAUUUCAAGGGGAACAGAAUUUCAAAGCAAAGAGAUGCUGCUGACCCUUUAAGACACUAGUCAGGCUGCACUUGGAGUAUUGUCAGCAGAUUUGGGUCCCAUGUCUCAGAAAGGAAUAUGUUGUCAUUGGAGAGAGUCCAGAGGGGGUUCACGAGGAUGAUUCCAGGACUGAAGGGGUUAACAUAUGAGGAACAUUUGGCAGCUUAGGGCCUGUACUCACUGGAAAUUAGAAGAAUGUGGGAGAAUUUUAUUGAAACCUACCAAAUAUUGAAAGGACUAGAUAGGGUGGAUGUGGAGAGGAUGUUUCCUGUGAUGGGGGUAUCAAGAACUAAAGGACACAGAAUUGAGGGGUGACCCGUUAGAACAGAGGUAAGGAGGAAUUUUAUUAGCCAGAGAGUAGUGAAUCUAUGGAAUGUUGUGUCACAGACUAUGGUGGAGGCCAAGUCUGUGGGUAUAUUUAAGGCAGAAGUUGAUUGUUUCCUGAUCAGUCAGGGCAUCAAAUGAUAUGGUGAGAUGGCAGAUGUAUUGGAUCAGCCAUGAUGGAAUGGCAGAGCAGACUCGAUGGGCUGAAUGGCCUAAUUCUGCUUCCAUGUCUUAUGGUCUUUACCUGUUUUUCUAAAAUUUUAUUUAGAGAUGCACCAGGUCAUUUGUACUGUAGACAUAAAGAACUACAGAUACUAGAAUCUGGAGCCACGCCAAAAAGCUGGAGGAACUCAGUGGGUCAGGCAGCAUCUGUGUAGGAAAAUGGACAGUCGAUAUUUUGAGUCAAGGCUCUAGAUGAAGGGUCUCUUUAACUGUCCACUUCCUGUCAUUAAUGCUGCCUGACCUUUCAUCUGGAAUCUUGACUUGAAAUAUCAGCAAGGCUCGUCAUCUGGGGCCUUGGCUCUAAAUAUCGACUCUCCAUUCUCCUCCAUUAAUGCUUUCUGACCGGCCGAGUGCCUCCAGCUUUUUACUGGUAUUCCAGUUGUACUUUGGACUGUAUGUAUAGAAAACUUCCUGUAUUCUCCAUAGUGUGCCUUAAUCCAAGCUCCAAAGAGCACCCUCUACUGUACCAUUGGGACAAUUAGAUCAGUAUUCAUCCUCUCUCUCUGUCUCUGACACUGCCAGUCACAAAUCACUGUACAGUUUUAUCUAUGGACUCAUCCUGCCAUGAAUGCAUUUCAAUGGGCUUGGUCACUUUCAGUAUGUGCUACCCUGCUGGAAGUGGUUUCAUGCCCAAACACAGAUAACAAAGGAUUCUCCAGCUGACUGAAUUGGCCUGUGAGAACUUUCAAUUGGUCCCAGAAGAACUGCAUUUCCCAUGCUGUCUGAUCAUGUGUGCUUUGCUCUAGUUCCAGGUACCUUUCUGCCUAUUCUUGCCUACCAAAGCUAGAUUACAUUUCAAUUUCUGUCAAUUUUUAACCAAGUAAUUUAUGUCAUUGUUGCAAAAAAAGAUGAUUUUGGGUACCAGACACAUAAAAAAAAGGAAGUGAAACAUACAAAGAUGGGAUUUCAUGACAUUUUGUAUCAACUGUUUCCUGACAUUUUGUACCUUGUGUAGUUGCCUAUUGGCAAGAAUAUUUUAUAAAUGGAGAACAUAAGGGAUGCAGUUGUUUGUUUUGGGAAGCCAAGCUAGAAAUCCUCCGAUACACUCCCUGUAACUACCUUUGAUAAUUAAAUCUUUUCAACACAUGCACUAAGAUGGGAAGGAGCAUUAAAUCUACAAGCAGCUUCCAAUAUAUUGCAAGUUGUAGCACAGAGAUUUGUGCAUAAUCAGGACAUUGAACUAGUAGAAGAUGCAGUGAACACAAACUUGGUGGGUUUAUUCUGAAGUUUAUCAAAGCACACAAAAUGAUUGGAGCUGGAAUUAAAUGAACAGCUCUGGCAAGACUCCAUCACAGAAAUGAUUGUGCCUGUAUUAAAAUAUUUUUACAUUUGA